AUGACCGUUACCAUUCCCCCCGAUCAGUCCAUCGACCUAUCAACCGGAUGGCCUAACCCCGCGCUCCUUUCCGCGCCCGAUUUUCGCGACUCCGCCACGACAGCACUAUCCAAUCCCCCAAUUGCAACCCAAGCCCUACUCUACGGCCCCGACGAAGGACACGAGCCAUUGCGCUCGCACAUAGCCUCAUGGCUGACCGAAUUCUAUCAGCCCUGUGAGCCCAUCUCGGCGCAGCGCAUUUGCAUCUCAGGCGGGGCCAGCCAGAACCUGGCCUGCGUGCUGCAGACCUUCACUGAUCCAGUCUACACACGGCAUGUGUGGCUGGUAGCACCGACGUACUACCUGGCCGCGCGCAUUAUGGAAGACGCCGGCUUCGCCGGGCGUCUACGCGGGGUUCCCGAGGACGACGAGGGCAUCGACAUCGCGGUGCUCGAGAGUGGAUUGCGUGCUGCGGAGGAGGCCGCACAACAGGCUGGGAAUACAGAGCCGAAAAUGAAACCGCCCAGACCCUGGCGAAAAAUCUACAAGCAUGUCAUCUAUGCCGUGCCCACUUUUGCGAAUCCUUCUGGGAAGGUAAUGUCGAUACGCAGGCGGGAAGAGCUCGUUCGCCUGGCUCGUCAGUACGAUGCGCUGAUCGUCACGGACGAUGUAUAUGAUUUCCUCCAAUGGCCGGCUAACUCAGAUGGUGGGGAGGGAAUCCGUGGUGACCGCGCAUGUGCUCCGCGCAUCGUCGACGUGGAGCGCUACAUGGAGGGUGGCGAUGAAUGGGGAAACGUAAUCAGCAACGGUAGCUUCAGCAAGCUGAUGGGACCCGGUGUCCGUACUGGCUGGGCCGAGUCGUCCGAAAAGCUGAUGUAUGGAUUAUCGCAAACAGGCUCUUCCCGAUCUGGCGGCGCUCCCUCUCAGUUAUCCGCUGUCAUCAUCGACCAGAUGUUCCCCAAGAAAAUCAUACAAAAUCACAUCCGCGACGUCCUCCAACCGAAAUUCGCCGAGCGCUACGGGGCUCUCCUAUCCGCAAUUCAUGAGCAUCUCGUCCCGCUGGGCGUCACAGUCCCAGCAGCCGGCCACGCAGCCAGCAAUAUAGCCGGAGGUUACUUUGUGUGGAUUGGUCUCCCGGCACACCUAGAUGCUACGGAAGUAGUUGAGCGGGCGGAAAGCGAAGAGAAUUUAGCUAUGUCUCCUGGUGACGCUUUCCAGGUCCCUGAGAAGGACAAUAAGGGGUUCUCGGACCACCUACGACUCUGUCUUGCGUGGGAAGAGCCACGACACUUGACUGAAGGAGUGCGUAGGCUAGCGCAUGUUUUGAAGCGUAUGGCUCGUACUUAG